AUGCGUCAUGUCAUGUCAAAGUCCCCUAAACAACAUCCGAUCAUCAACACUAUCCAAAUGUCAUCACCCACUAUAGCACGCACCUGGCGCAAACGUCUCGCCGACCUCUACGAGCAAGAUUGUGGCCCUCUACCAGACCCUGUUCCAACUUUUGGUGCUGACCUGAUUACCGCGCCUUCGACGCCCGUCCUCUCUGCCAGUAUGGCUAAACCCGAUCCAGAUUUCCUCAAAAAACUUGAUCAAGGUAUAACUGUCGCACUUGCUACUCUGAGUCCCGACUACGACAACGACUUCAAUAGCUCGUCGGACGACGAAGAUUGUGCGCCAUGGUCACCACGGGCUCACGCUGCAUUGUUCUUCGAGAUGGCUCCGGCUCCUAGGGUUACUCGCAAAGACCAGAAGCGUAAAUGUUCAGAUGGAAGAAAAGACAAGCACUCGCUGCAAGAUACACAGCCUCAUAAACGAGCGAGACGGAUUGCCAAGAUGGGGAAAACAUCGUUUUCUCAACCAAAGCAACUAAGCCGAUCCGCCAAGGAGCAUCAUUCUCCUUAUAGUCCUCCUCAAACGCCUUCGCCAACUACCCAAGCGAGUCCCAAAGAUGGAACUAACUCGGCUCAAUCGAAGGAGUCUUUAGUUUCCCAGCCUCCGCCUUCAAUGCAGCGACCUCCAUCUGAAGCCGACGAGUCCUUGCUUCAACGAGAACUUAGGCAGAAAUCGGUCGUGUUCGAUUACCCCUACCGAAACAACGUUUCUCGCUGCACUGGUCCUGAGGACACUGAUACAUUCAUUGGACGCGACGAUGUAUUAUUCGUCUCGCUCUUCACCAAGAGUGCAAAUGCCAUUCCGAUAGCAAGCUUUGAAGCGUAUGCGGACCAUCUGAAAUACUCAUCCAUGCGGAAUAAGCACACCGACAUCGCCCAUAGGGUACUCAACCCCUGGCUCACCUUACUCAUCUAUAAAAUCAUGUCAAGUCAAUACGUCAAACGCUUUCGCCGCAAUUCUAGCCAUGUCAUAUUCUUCUCGAAAUUCUGUAUUAAAUCAACUGACUGUACCUCUCUUGCCGAGGCGCAAGCGAUGCAAUUUAUAUCCAAGGUCACCACUAUCCCAAUCCCUCGAGUAUACUGUGCCUUUGAGCAUAAAAGUCGAGUCUACAUCCUCAUGGAGAGAAUACAAGGCCAGAGUUUAUGGAACGGCUGGUGCCAGCGUUCACCAGAGUCACGAGCCCGGAUACUAGAUCAGCUUCGAUCAAUGAUCGCAGAACUUCGAUGCCUCCAGCCAGAGAACAGUAUGGAGAUUUCAAAUGUUGUUGGUGGCCCCAUCUAUGACCAGCGGCUUCCUAAAAUGUCAAUCUGGGGCCCAUUUCGAACAAUUGGCGAAUUUCACCAAGAACUACGCAAUAGUAUUAAACCUGAGGAUGUAUCGCAUGAGAGUACCCCGACAGACCUUCAACGCCUCGUUUCUUUUCAUGAGAAGGAUUUUGGACGACCUAUUUUUACUCAUGGUGACCUAAGCAAUUCUUUGACUCCGCUUACACGCAUCCGGGCGUCCAACAAGCUCUGGGAGGUCGCUUCGAAACAACUCAAGGAUACAGGUUGCAUGGCAGAACAUAUAUCCUUUGAACAAGGAGGAUGGGUCAUCUCUGAUGCCAGAAUUUUAUUCGAGCGGGAAAAGAAGCGAUCCUACUAUUAUACCUAUGUCGAAAGUCCUGUUCUAGAGAAAUGGGAACAUAAAGCAAAAGCCAGCGGGAAAUACAAUGAGGAAGAUAUGAAACUCCAACCUCCAGCAUCUAGGAUUCCUUCAGAUGUAGCCAAGCUAGGUGUGCAGGUGCGGCAAAUCAAGGUUAUUGAAAGCAAAGCACGAUCCGUCGCUUAA